AUGGCUCAGCAGAAAGAAACGGAUCCGAUUUUGUUCGUGAGUGAUGACGAACUGAGCGAUGAUAUUGAGGGGAACAAGAUCGAGAGUGGCAGCAUCAGCAGCAGCAGCUCCGGUAGUCAUCCCUCACCCGGAAAUAGUUUUUCGUCUCAGACAUGGCCCCAGAGCUACAGGGAGACUCUGGAUUCUUACACUAUUGCAGCAUCACCAAAUUUCGGCAAUCUCGGAUUUACUCCGGGCGGUAGCAACUUUUCGAGCUUCGAUAUUCGGAGUAAUGUUGAUAUGGGAGCUUCAAAAGCCCCCUUAUUGUCCGCCGACGAACGUGAACGGUUUUCUCAGAAUUGGGACAGGAGCUCCAGAGCGCAAUCCGUAUGGUCACAAAGGUCGGCACUGAAUAAGCAGGUCACUGGAGAAUUUCCUGUUGCGCAUGGAUGUAGCUUGACUCAAACUGUAUUCAAUGGAAUUAAUGUAAUGGCCGGAGUUGGGCUUCUGUCUACACCUUAUACAGUGAAAGAAGCUGGCUGGGCAAGCAUUCUGGUGUUACUUCUUUUUGCAUGUGUGUGUUGUUACACAGCCAUACUCAUGAGAAUCUGCUUUGAGACCAAUAAAGGAAUUAAAAGUUACCCAGAUUUAGGAGAAGCUGCAUUCGGAAGAUAUGGCCGUAUUUUCAUAUCUAUCAUUUUGUAUGCAGAACUCUAUUCUUACUGUGUAGAAUUCAUAAUUUUAGAAGGAGAUAAUCUCAGUAGGCUAUUCCCAGGGACAUCCUUGAAUUGGGCUGGUUUUCACUUGGACUCCUUGCACUUCUUUGGAAUCGUAACCGCCUUGGUUGUUCUACCAACGGUUUGGUUGAAAGAUCUUCGUUUAAUUUCAUUCCUCUCAGCUGGUGGGGUCAUUGUUACACUUUUGAUCGUUCUAUGUGUAAUUUUACUCGGUACAACUGGUGGGAUUGGAUUUCAUCAAACUGCUCAAGUAGUGAAUUUUAAUGGAAUUCCACUUGUAAUUGGUGUAUAUGGGUUUUGCUUUGCCGGGCAUACAGUGUUUCCAAAUAUUUACCAAUCCAUGGCUGACAAAAAACAAUUUAGCAAGGCUCUGAUCAUAUGCUUUCUGUUGUCCGUUCUGUUAUAUGGCAGUAUUGCUGUCAUGGGAUUUCUCAUGUUUGGUCAAAGCACGUUGUCUCAGAUAACUUUAAAUAUGCCACCGCAUGCAAUUGUUUCCAAAGUUGCACUGUGGACAACUGUAAGUGAGAAUUUAAACAAAUAUGCCCUCUUGAUGAACCCAUUAGCAAGGAGUAUAGAGGAGCUUCUGCCUGUUGGACUUUCUAAUAGUUUUUGGUGCUUCAUUCUUUUGAGAACAGCACUUGUCAUCUCUACUGUUGGUGCUGCUUUUCUUAUUCCUUUCUUUGGUCUUGUGAUGGCUUUAAUAGGCUCUCUACUCAGCGUACUCGUGUCCGUGAUAGUGCCAGCACUAUGCUUCCUGAGAAUAGCUGGAAUGAAAGCUUCAAGGAUACAGGUUGUUUCAAGUAUCACAGUAGCUGCAUUUGGAGUAGUUGCUGCAAUCCUUGGUACCUAUUCUUCAGUCUCAAAAAUCGUGAAGAGUUAUUGA